AUGUUGCCUCUUCAAGUCUCUUCUCUAUUCUCAUCAAUAUCUUCAACUAUUUCAUCUACAAUUCCAUCAACGGGAAAACAAUGCUCGAUUUGCGGUAGUUCUUCGCAUGGACUCCACUUUGGGGCAAUCAGCUGCCGAGCAUGUGCCGCUUUCUUCAAGAGAAGUGUUGACAUGCGACGGGUUUACAAUUGUCGACGAUCCGGUGGAAAGUGCGAUCUAACAUUGGAUGUGAGAUGUAUCUGCAGAGCGUGUCGCUUCUCAAAGUGUUUAGCAAUGGGAAUGAGUUUGGGUGGCAGAGGCUCGCCGAGUGACACUCAAUCGCCCAGUUCGAGCGGUGUUGUCGCCUCACCGCCCGACUCAGACACGUUCAGCGCUCAAUUUGACACAUUGACUCGAGUAGCCGAUGCUCUCCAUCGGCUACACCAAACGUUUUUGAUAGAGACACCGCACAUCAAACGCCCAUUGAGUGUCACAUUUGAUUUGGUCACCGAAUAUAGUCAACAAUAUGUCGAUCAUCUACCCGCAUUCAUCAAAGCUCACUAUCCAUAUAGUGAAGAUUUUACGGAAAACGAGAUGAAUGAACUCUGUAAAAACUAUGCAAUAAAGUUCAUCUUUUUCGAGAGUGGCUCACAUUCAGCUGCAGCAAAGUCCUUUGAUAAAAUCGUUUUCCAUGACGGAAAUUACAUUGACAUAAACGAUUUGGAGCACUAUUUCUCGACGUUUAAAGUCGCUCAAUUCACACCAAAAGACGCGGCAAGAGUUCAUCAUCCCUCAUUUACUCGAUUCGUGAAAACCCUCACAAAACCGUUAUCACUACUGGAUAUGAAUGAUAUUGAAAAAGCUGCUUUAAUACUUUUGAUCUUCUUCGAACCGGGAAUCCCAUCAUUGACAAAAGAAACAGAUGAGAAAGUGAUGAGAGGAAGGGAUUUAGCGUUGAAAGAACUUACCAUGUACUAUAAGCAAACUGCAAGAAGUGCCGAUUUUCCGAUUCGAAUGGCGAGGCUGAUGAUGGUGAUACCGUGUCUAGAGAGAGUCGUUGACACAUUCAAGGAAGAUAUGCGAAUCAAUAAAUUAUUUGGUGAAGUCAAUGAGGAGAGUUUGCUGAUGUUGGCUGGAUUU